GACGUAGCAAAAUGGCGGCGGCGUGUCGGAGGCGUCUCCGUUCGCACAGUGCUCGACGUCGCGCAGCCCGCGUAUGUUCGCAAUAACGUGUCGUUCCAGCGGAUCAACGUCGACGUCGGUGACAAGAUCGAACGGCGCGAUCACUCGGGUUACGAGACACGACGCGGCGCCUCAUUCCUAAACGUGAUAACGCGCUUAAACAACGCACGUUACCGUUACCCUCCUCCCUCCGCGAUACGGCCGAGCGAAGACGAGAAGAGUAGUGCACAGCGUGCGGCCGACACACAGAAGCGACGUGAAGAGCAACAACGAGCGAGCGGCAACCAGAAACCAGGGGGGAAGUGGAAAGGAAGAGACAGAGAGACAGAGAGAGAGAGAGAGAGAAAGAGAGAGAGAGAGAGAGAGAACGCGGUAUACCGUGUGUGCUCGAUACGUGAAAUAUCUCUCCCAGAGAGAGAGAGGGGGAGAGAGAGAGAGUGAGUUUCCGCGACGCCGCGUGCUUCUUUCUCCGAUCUUUUUCGUCCCUUUACCCCUUCUCUCCUUUCUUCCCUUCUCUAUCUCUCUCUCUCUCUCUCUUCCUCUCUCUCUCUCCUCCGUUCCCGUCCAUCGCUCCGAAUUUGGUCCCGGAGCGCGCGGUUUUCCCUCUUCCCCGCCGUUUCUCUUGCCAUUUUUUCCCGCUCUCUUUUUCUCUCGUGCCCGGCGCUCUUUCACGGCACCGUGGUGAAAUGCGCGUGACCGGUCGCGCCUCGGAGCGACGGCGACGACGUGUCUGGCGUCGUUGGUGGUGCACGUACGUGCCCUGACGAGCACGAGAGACGCGCGACGGCGACUCGGCACAUCUCCCCCCGCAGCUCUCGCUACUAUGAUAAUAACGAGAAGCACGGCGACCACGGCGGUGGCGGCGACGACGACGACGACGACGACGACGACGACGACGACAACGACGACGACGACAGCAUGGUGGCCGUUUUUCCUCGAUCAAGAGAAAACGCUUGUCGGUAAACUACGAUCGGCGGCGGAUCUGCGGAAUGACGAUGACGGUGUUGUCUCGGCGAUGUUGUCUCGCGUUGACCGCGGCUGUCAGAACGAGAACGACGACAGCAACAGCAUCGAGCCGCGGUGGUGGAUCAGCGGUGGUAGCUGCACAGUGAGCAUCGCGUCGGUGCUGUCGUACUACUAUUAUUGCCAGCGUAUCGCUAUUAUUGGCGUCGUAGCCUCUUUGCUCAUCGACUACGACCUCGGCGAGGACGAUCCGACGACGAUAGCGGCGCGUAGAGUUCUCGAGCAACGGGACGAAGACACGGAGGACGCGGCUACCAGCACCACCGGUCACGACGAUCGUUUUUUCAACCGCCGGAACUACGGACUACUUGUUCUUCUUCGUUGUUGCGCGUGACCAACAGCCUCGCUAUUCUACCAAUAACGGAGAGGGUGAUGAUGACGAUGAUGAUGAUUAACGAGGUGGCGUACGAACGUUAAUCCGUGGGUCCAUUGGCCUUUCGAACGAUAACGAGUCAAUCGGUGGUAAUAACGACAGUCAUUCUCCGCGCCGCUCCGCGCCGCGCCGCGCCACGCUGCGCCGCGAUCGAUCGUCAUCGCGCGCCGGUAUACGGAAAGAGAGAGAGAGAGAAAGAGAGAAAACAGUGUUAGAAACGAGAACUCGUGUCACGUACGGUCAUCGGCCAGUGUACACACCGUGAACGGCGAGGGGGUUGGGCGGUGGUGGAGCGGGGAGAAGGUAUCUCCGCUCUCCGAUCUAGAUAAGUCGCGAUAAGGUGGACAGAUGUGGACGCUUCGCCACGAUCGCGCCUGUGACAGACUGUAAACAGGAUUUCCGUUAGGAAGAGAUUUAAAGAUAAAAAAAAGAGGGUAGACGCGCGUAUUCGGGGCGCUUAUUGACCCUACCUUCGAGCUUUCGAUUACGCAGCGUGUUUCGCUGCGACGAUAAGCACGCAUUUUGCACACGUACACGACACACACACACACACACACACACACACACACACACACACACACACACACAUACACACACACGCGUGCGCGUGCGCGCACGCACGCACGCACGCACGCACGCAUCUACAUAUUUAUAUACGUGUGGGUGCGACACGUAUCUCGCGUUUGGAUGUGCACGUGACGGAGUGACAUAGUGAGCAAAGAGUAGGAGAGAGAUAAAGAAAACG